GUCGACGGUACAAUUGCUCUAAGGUCUGUUGGGAUACGCAGAGCAAAUUUACCAGUAUUUGGAGACUAAAUGAGAAUGGAGGUUUCAGAAGCCAACCGAUGACAUCAAAGUUGACGGCUAGGAUUAAACAUUUCUGACCCAAAGACGUCACAUGAACCCACAGGAACAGGGUAUUUGAAAGUUGAAUCCAUGCUUUCUGAUGAGCUUGAUUCUAAACCCGAGCUGCUGGUUGAGUUUGUACAGAACGCCUCCAUCCCUUUGGGCCAGAGUUUGGAGGAAUCAACCCCCCAAAACAGCUGUCUACCUCUCCUCCCCUCUGCUGAGAGCUCCAUAUGCAGCCAGCUGGAGCUCACAGAGCGAGCUCUUAGCCAUGCUACUUCUCCAUCACUGUCGGAGUUCGGUCCAGAGCGGAGCCCCCUGGUAGUGCACCUGCAGCCGAACCCUCCCAGUCCCACCCCCCCUGCACUGCUGCAGGAUCUGCAGCAGUCUGACAGUACCUCCUAUGUCCUGCUCAACCUGGCCAGAGGCUUGGCAGCCUCUGCUGAACCUCUGGUGUUUGUUCAGGAUGAUGUAGACGAAGCAGAGGAGGAGAUUUCUGGAGGGGAGUGUGGGGAUGGCAGUGCUCCCUGGUAUUUGCGGGUCCAGGAGCUGGCACAUGAUAGCUUGAUAGCUGCCACCAGAGCUCAGCUUGCCAAGGAUGCACGUGCCAGCAGCAACAGUGAUCAUAUACACAGCUACCAAUCAGAGGGGCCAAAUAAAGAGCAGCCAACUCGGACCAAUCGUGUGCAUGCAGAGAAGAUUCUCAGGUGUCCUUAUGACAACUGCCACAGGACAUUUACCUGGCCGGCUCACCUGAAAUACCACCUGAAAACACACAGGAAUGACCGUACGUUCCGCUGUGGAGCUGAAGGUUGUGGAAAGAGUUUCUAUGUACUCCAGAGGCUGCAGGUGCAUAUGAGGACACACAAUGGGGAGAAACCCUUUAUCUGCACCGAGAAAAACUGCGGAAAGAAGUUCACCACAGCUGGAAAUCUGAAGAACCACAAACGCACACAUACUGGUGAGAAGCCCUUCUUGUGUGAGGUGGACAACUGUGGACGAUCCUUCGCUGAAUAUUCUAGCCUCCGUAAACACAUGCUGGUCCACUCUGGAGAGAAACCACACCAGUGCUCUAUUUGUGGGAAGACGUUUUCUCAGAGUGGCAGUAGGAACGUUCAUAUGAAGAAAAGACACAGUGACGAAGGAGUUGGUACAGAGGGACGAGACACAGGUGAGGCAUUGACACACAGCAGCCUGCUGGAGGCAGACGGUGCAGCGGGGGAUUCCAUGGCAACCAUGACGACAGUGGUGGAGCCAAUAAACCUUCACCACGCAAUGCUUAGAGCACAAGGACCUUCAGAUUCGGUGGUGGCUCUCUCGCCGCCUCAUGACCUGGUUACCAUGACAACCGGAGGGCAGUCCUAUGGCGAGGAUGUUGUGGCUCUGCUAUAGCAGUGCUUGUAAA